AUGUGUACGCGCAGAAGCGAAGAAUACAUACACAACAGCAACGCACAGCAACCAGAUGCCAAGCCACUUAUCCAGGUGACUUUUGAGUGGACUCAAAAGUCACCAGAUGCCAAGCCACUUAUCCAGGUGACUUUUGAGUCGACUCAAAAGUCACCAGAUGCCAAGCCACUUAUCCAGGUGACUUUUGAGUCGACUCAAAAGUCACCAGAUGCCAAGCCACUUAUCCAGGUGACUUUUGAGUGGACUCAAAAGUCACCAGAUGCCAAGCCACUUAUCCAGGUGACUUUUGAGUCGACUCAAAAGUCACCAGAUGCCAAGCCACUUAUCCAGGUGACUUUUGAGUCGACUCAAAAGUCACCAGAUGCCAAGCCACUUAUCCAGGUGACUUUUGAGUCGACUCAAAAGUCACCAGAUGCCAAGCCACUUAUCCAGGUGACUUUUGAGUGGACUCAAAAGUCACCAGAUGCCAAGCCACUUAUCCAGGUGACUUUUGAGUCGACUCAAAAGUCACCAGAUGCCAAGCCACUUAUCCAGGUGACUUUUGAGUCGACUCAAAAGUCACCAGAUGCCAAGCCACUUAUCCAGGUGACUUUUGAGUCAACUCAAAAGUCACCAGAUGCCAAGCCACUUAUCCAGGUGACUUUUGAGUCGACUCAAAAGUCACCAGAUGCCAAGCCACUUAUCCAGGUGACUUUUGAGUGGACUCAAAAGUCACCAGAUGCCAAGCCACUUAUCCAGGUGACUUUUGAGUGGACUCAAAAGUCACCAGAUGCCAAGCCACUUAUCCAGGUGACUUUUGAGUCGACUCAAAAGUCACCAGAUGCCAAGCCACUUAUCCAGGUGACUUUUGAGUCGACUCAAAAGUCACCAGAUGCCAAGCCACUUAUCCAGGUGACUUUUGAGUUGACUCAAAAGUCACCAGAUGCCAAGCCACUUAUCCAGGUGACUUUUGAGUGGACUCAAAAGUCACCAGAUGCCAAGCCACUUAUCCAGGUGACUUUUGAGUCGACUCAAAAGUCACCAGAUGCCAAGCCACUUAUCCAGGUGACUUUUGAGUGGACUCAAAAGUCACCAGAUGCCAAGCCACUUAUCCAGGUGACUUUUGAGUCGACUCAAAAGUCACCAGAUGCCAAGCCACUUAUCCAGGUGACUUUUGAGUCGACUCAAAAGUCACCAGAUGCCAAGCCACUUAUCCAGGUGACUUUUGAGUGGACUCAAAAGUCACCAGAUGCCAAGCCACUUAUCCAGGUGACUUUUGAGUCGACUCAAAAGUCACCAGAUGCCAAGCCACUUAUCCAGGUGACUUUUGAGUCGACUCAAAAGUCACCAGAUGCCAAGCCACUUAUCCAGGUGACUUUUGAGUCGACUCAAAAGUCACCAGAUGCCAAGCCACUUAUCCAGGUGACUUUUGAGUCGACUCAAAAGUCACCAGAUGCCAAGCCACUUAUCCAGGUGACUUUUGAGUGGACUCAAAAGUCACCAGAUGCCAAGCCACUUAUCCAGGUGACUUUUGAGUCGACUCAAAAGUCACCAGAUGCCAAGCCACUUAUCCAGGUGACUUUUGAGUCGACUCAAAAGUCACCAGACGCCAAGCCACUUAUCCAGGUGACUUUUGAGUCGACUCAAAAGUCACCAGAUGCCAAGCCACUUAUCCAGGUGACUUUUGAGUCGACUCAAAAGUCACCAGAUGCCAAGCCACUUAUCCAGGUGACUUUUGAGUGGACUCAAAAGUCACCAGAUGCCAAGCCACUUAUCCAGGUGACUUUUGAGUCGACUCAAAAGUCACCAGAUGCCAAGCCACUUAUCCAGGUGACUUUUGAGUCGACUCAAAAGUCACCAGAUGCCAAGCCACUUAUCCAGGUGACUUUUGAGUCGACUCAAAAGUCACCAGAUGCCAAGCCACUUAUCCAGGUGACUUUUGAGUGGACUCAAAAGUGA